AUGUCUAGAAGUUACGAUUCUCGUACUACCAUUUUUUCUCCUGAAGGACGUCUGUAUCAAGUAGAAUAUGCCUUGGAAGCCAUCAAUCACGCUGGUGUUGCUUUAGGAAUUGUUGCUAAGGAUGGUAUUGUUUUAGCAGCCGAGAAGAAGGUUACCAGUAAAUUGCUUGAACAAGAAGAAUCGGCUGAGAAGCUUUAUCAUAUUGGAGACAACAUGGUUUGUGCUGUAGCUGGUCUUACUGCAGAUGCCAAUAUUUUAAUUAAUUAUGCUAGAAGAGUUGGUCAGCAGUAUUUACAAACAUUUAACGAAGAAAUGCCAUGUGAGCAACUAGUGCGACGUGUUUGUGACUUAAAACAGGGAUACACUCAGUACGGUGGUUUGCGUCCUUUUGGUGUCUCCUUUUUGUAUGCAGGAUGGGAUCAUAUUCAUGGUUAUCAAUUAUUCCAAUCCAAUCCGUCUGGAAAUUACGGAAACUGGCAAGCAAAUAGUAUUGGAGGUAACAGCACAAGCAUCCAAAGUUUAAUGCGUCAGGAAUAUAAAGAAGAUAUCAAUUUAGAAGAGGCCUGUGCAAUGGCUGUGAAGUUCUUAGGAAAAACUCUUGACAACAACUCGCUUACAGAUGAAAAAAUUGAAUUUGCAACCAUUUCUAAAGAUGAAGAAAAAGGGCGAAUGGUCUGCAAGAUCCUUAGACCCAAGGAAAUUAACGAAGUCCUUACAAAGUGUCAAAGUGAUGCUCAACCUCAAUCUGAACGUGCUUAA